UGCAUGAUCUACCACAACUUGCCAUGUGGAGAUUUGUGUACCACUCAAAUAUUAAUAGUCGAAAGUUACAAUUGGAGUUCAAAAAACCCAAUAAAUUAUUGUUAAUAGAAUCACUUGAUGUAAAUUUUUUAGACGAUAUAAUUCAAUUUAUGGCUUAUAAGAGAAAAAUCAUGGUCAAUGAAUUACGGGAGCGCAUUAUUAUUAUAAGCUUGUAUUGGACAAGACACAUUUCACUUCACUUCAGCUGGAAAACUGUGAUUUACCAACGAUUCCUGUAGAAAUUGGUUGUUUACCUAUUGAAGUGCUAAGCAUACGCGGUACCUACUAAUCAAGAUACCUUCUGAAAUUGGAUAUCGAUGACAUCAAUUUGUAAUACAUUAAAAUACUUAAAUUUAGAUUCUACUGGCCUCAAAAGAUUACCAUUUGAAAUAAUGUUCCUGAAAAAUCUAUAUUUGUCAUCUGCAAGAUAUAAUGAACUGACAUAUAUACCUCAUUGUCUUCUAGAACUUGAGAAACUAUACUUCAAUCUUGAACACGAUGCAUUAUUAUAUGUUCCUCAAAAUCUUUUUUAUGCAAAAAAUCUUGGAUGGCAUUUAUUAAAUAGCCCAAUAGUCAUAACGAAAUGCCAAAAAAAAUCAUAUCUACGUCGUUAUUUGGAUGUGUCUAAUAAAGAAAAAAAUGAAGAUUAUUCAAAAACUAUCGUUCAACCAUUAAAAAAUGUAUCAUUGUACAAUUUUAUGGAUAAUUGUAUUAUACCAUUCAAGAGACAAGAUAAACCUUGUACACUAUGA